AUGCCAGAUCACAUACCUCCCGAUAAUCUGGCUUAUAAUUUUGGCAACUAUUUUGUACAGAAGAUGGAACGUAUCAAUGACUCACUGGACGCCCUUCAGUCAUCUGAGUCUCUUGACGGCGAUGACGAUGCGUCCGCAGAUAACAUGGGCGCAUGCGCAAACUGUGUUGAUCCUGAUCCGUGCGAAUGUGCAGAGUUCCCAAACUUCAAGACCUUGACACAAGGCCAAGUUUCUUUGAUUAUUGGAAACGCAGCCAUGAAAUCUUGUCCUUUAGAUCCUGCACUUACAUCUGUGGUUCUACAGGUUCUUGAUAAGCCGUUACCGGUAAUCACCUGUAUGAUCAACAUGUCGUUUGAAACUGGUCUGUUUGCAGAGGAAUGGAGGUAG